CUUUUGUUUCUUGGAUCUCUCGGCAAAAGGUUAAUGUCUCGUUGUCAAUGGUACUUUGUCAUUUAUAUUUGCCGCCGUGGAAUCGAUAAAUUAACGGGGUCAACGAUAACACCGGUUAUGAAACUAUUUGUGGGAGGACGAAAACUAACGUAGCAAACGGCCAGACCUCUAUUUCGCGCGGUACUGAAAGCUCGAAGCUUUCAUUCAUAAUCACCAGCCUGUGAAUUGACCGGGUAUCCUGGGAUCUCGCGCAGGCGUUCCGCCCUCGUCCCAUUAGUUUCUCCAUUCGUCGAAAGUGUGCAAAGAAAUCGGCCAGACAAACGAGUCAACAAAGAAUGAUAAUUCGAUCAACAGUAGCCUAACUAUCAAGACGACUCACAAUAACAAAAUAAUUCUCAUCGGUGUUAAAAAAGCGGAACAGCUGGAAAUUUGGAUAUCAGAUAGAUGCUAGCGUCCAUAGUCGUCGAGGAAGAAAGUGGGGACACUGUGAUAAAUACAUGCCAACAGUCAGAGCUUCGGCGAUUUCUCGAGAUGUCGCGAUGCAGCAAGGACUGUUGUUACGACUACGCGAAACGCAGGCUGCCGAUUCUUUCGUGGGCAAGGGACUACAAGUUCUCGUGGUUGGCUCAAGAUGCGUUGGCCGGCUUCACCGUUGGCCUAACAGCCGUUCCGCAAGGCAUCGCUUACGGUAUCGUCGCUGAAUUAAGUCCUGAGUAUGGAUUAUACGCGUCUUUCAUGGCCUCGUUCGUAUAUAUUAUUUUUGGCUCUUGUAAAAGUAUCACCAUCGGCCCAACUGCUAUUAUGGCAACGAUGGUGCGACCUUUAGUGCUGGAAUACGGUGCCGACAUGGCGAUUUUGCUUACGUUUCUAAAGGGUUGCAUUAUCGCGUUGCUCGGACUUUUUCAUUUAGGUUUUUUGUUGGACUUUAUUUCCUUACCCGUCAUCACGGGUUUCACUGCGGCGGCGUCCAUUAAUAUAGCCACCUCGCAGUUUAAACCGUUGUUAGGAAUUGCUGGUAGAAGCGAAGAUCUGGUAGACUCUUUGGUCUCGGUAUUUUCGAAUCUGAACAGCAUCCGAUACCAAGACACGUUGCUAGGCAUUGCAACGAUAGUGGUUUUGGUUUUGUUUAAGAAUUUACCUGGACGUCGGACUGGUACCUGGCCACAGAGAAUCGCUUGGGCCGGCAUCUUAGCGCGUAACGCAUUGGUGGUCAUCGUAGGAACUCUGAUCGCGUAUAUCUUUUUUAUCAACGAUAAAGAGCCUUUCAAGCUAACCGGAACGAUGGGUAAUGGACUGCCACCGUUCGGUCCACCGUCUUUCUCGAUAACAGCCAACAAUCGAACGUACGAUUUCCUUGAAGCAACCGCUGCUAUGGGAACGACGCUUUUCUCCAUACCGAUCGUUUCUACCAUCGAACACAUGGCGAUAGCAAAGGCUUUUGCAAAGGGAACAUUUUUGGACGGCACGCAAGAAAUGCUCGCUUUAGGAUUGUGCAACAUAUUCGGUUCGUUUGCUCGAUCAAUGCCAGUUACUGGCUCUUUUACGCGAACGGCUGUCAAUUAUUCUUCCGGAGUGAAAACUACUUUCGGUGGUUUGUUUACAGGAUGUCUCGUGUUACUCGCAUCUAGCUUGCUGACAACUACUUUUCGUUUUAUUCCUAAAGCGACUUUAGCUGGCGUUAUAAUAUGCUCUAUGUAUUACAUGCUCGACUUUAAAACGUAUGCCCUAUUGUGGCGCGCAAAAAAAAUCGACUUUUUCCUCAUGUUGAUCACUUUGCUAUUCUGCGUCUUUCUUAAGUUAGAAUGGGGAAUCAUGAUCGGUAUAGGGUUAAAUCUAGUAGUAUUACUGUAUUUCUCGGCUCGACCGUCGAUUCAAAACAAAAUCGAACAGGUAGGAGAUAGAAACGUGAUUCGCGUUAUUCCUGAGGAAAGUAUCACGUUUCCAGCAGCGGAGCAUUUCCGAGCUAGCGUAAUGAAACUUUCAGAAGGAAACUCACUCGAUGUUAUACUUGACUGCAAAAAUUUGAAGAGGACCGACGUAACGGUUGCAAAGAAUCUUAAAUUAUUGGCCAACGAUCUAGAACUUCAAGGAACGACUAUCAUUUAUGAAAACUGUCAAGAUGAUAUUGAACAUGUAUUGAAGACUUUUGUUCCAAGCCACUGAAUGUAUCUAUUUAAACCAUUUAAUAUUUAUAGUUUUCGUGUCCUUGGAUUAGGACAUGUUUCUUCUUUCAAAGAUACUAUACUGUACGAUUUGCUAAAAAUAUCUUUUUGCAAUGGAUCAUUCUAAUAUAAUAAAACUGUGGUUAAAAAUGGCUGUGUCUAAUGUG